AGACUGCAGGCUGUGAUUGGUGCGGGACAAACAACAGGUGCAUCCCCGCCUAAUCCAAUUUCAUCCGAAUUCCUCAGCAGUCCUCAUGGUGCGGUGGAAGAAGUAUCCUGCUUAAAAUGAAAAGACUGAUAUUCCUUGUUUUUGCCAUCGUGAUGCUCACACAGGCUCAAGGUGAGGAUGAGGAGCAGCUUGAGCAGCUCAUGGACUCUGGAGUGGUAUUUGAGGAAGAGGAGGAGUUUUUGAAGUGUUUCCGUUGUGACCUGGGCUUUUGGGAUGCCUGCUACACCACUGAAACCAACUGCAGCCUCGGCGAGCGCUGCUACACGGGCCGAGGGAAAGCAGCUGAUACUCUGGACAUUAAGACUUUGGGAUGUGUGAAGGCAGAGGAGUGCAGCAUGGAGAGCACAGUGGAGCUCUUCUCCAACACAACCAUUUUUGCCAUGAUCAAACACUGCUGCGACACUCCCUUCUGCAACUCUGCGCACAAUCUUCAAAUCAUCACAUUUUUGUAUCUCACUGCAGCUUUCGUAAUUACCUGGCACCUAACUGAAGCCUCAACAGGAUCAUAA